AUGGCAGCGUCACUGGGCAAACGUAUUGUCUUCACAGGAGGGUCAGGCAAGGCUGGAAGACACUGCAUUCCGUACCUCCUGGAAAAGGGCCACCAAGUGCUCAACUUGGAUCUCGUAGACUUCCCGAAAGAUUAUCUUCCCGCCGGGAAAAGUGUCUAUACGAUGAAGACCGACCUCACCGAUGGGGCACAGACAUUCAAUGCCUUGUCGUCGCUAUUCUCUAUGGACGAAUACGAACUGCCGAAGCACCCUGGACCCCCAGACGCUGUCGUACACUUCGCAGCGUAUGCGCGCAACAUGAUUGUGCCUGACAGCGAGACUUUCCGCGGCAACGUCAUGAGCACGUAUAAUGUGAUUGAGUCCGCCUGCAAAUUGGGAGUCAAGAAAAUCGUCAUUGCUAGCAGCGAAACAACGUAUGGUGUUUGCUUCAGUCAAGGCGACGACGACUACCAUGCUUUCCCACUCGAAGAGGACACUUACGACCGCAAUCCCAUGGACACCUAUGCAUGCUCGAAAUUAACUGGGGAGCGCAUUGCCAGGAGCUUUGCGCGACGGUUCGACAUCGAUAUCUAUGCGCUGGUCAUUGGCAACGUCAUUGAGCCACAUGAGUAUGAAAGGGAUUUUCCGCGCCACGUGGGCCAGCCGGAGACCAGGAAGAGAAACGCUUGGAGUUAUAUUGACGCGCGAGAUCUGGGACAAAUCUGCGACUUGUGUGUUGCCAAAUCUGGGCUGGGAUUCCAGGUGUUCAACGCGACCAAUGACACCAUUACCACGUCCAUUCCCAGCGAGGAAUUCUUGAAGAAGACAUGCCCAAACACCCCAAUAACCAGGAAGAUGGGCGAGUGGGAGGCGCCACUGUCCAACAAGAAGAUCCGGGAUGUCCUGGGGUUCAAGGAUGUUCAUGACUGGCGCAGAUACUAUACUCACAAAGAGUGA